AUGUCUUUGACUCUUUUUAUUUCUUUGACUCUCUCUCUCUCUCUCUCUCUCUCUCUUUUGCUUUCUCACUAUCUUUUGACUCUCUUUAUCUCUUUGACCCUUUCUAUCUCUCUGACUCUCUUUUAUCUCUUUUUAACUCUUUCUAUCUCUCUGACUGUCUUUAUGUCUUUGACUCUUUUUAUUUCUUUUGACUCUCUCUCUCUCUCUCUCUCUCUCUCUCUUUUUCACUAUCUUUUUGACUCUCUUUAUCUCUUUGACCCUUUCUAUCUCUCUGACUCUCUUUAUCUCUUUAACUCUUUCUAUCUCUCUGACUGUCUUUAUGUCUUUGACUCUUUUUAUUUCUUUGACUCUCUCUCUCUCUCUCUCUCUCUCUCUCUCUUUUUUACUCACUAUCUUUUUGACUCUCUUUAUCUCUUUGACCCUUUCUAUCUCUCUGACUCUCUUUAUCUCUUUAACUCUUUCUAUCUCUCUGACUACUGUCUUUAUGUCUUUGACUCUUUUAUUUCUUUGACUCUCUCUCUCUCUCUCUCUCUCUCUCUCUUUUACUCACUAUCUUUUACUCUUUAUCUCUUUGACCCUUUCUAUCUCUUUGACUUUCUCUAUCACUUUUUCUUUCUGUCUCUCUGA